AUGAUGGACGAGGAGAUGCCAGAUGCUAUGGAGGACGACUAUGAUGAGGAAAUGGGUGACGACGAGCCUGAUGAGCUCCCAGAAGGGAUCACAAAAGAGAUCCUCACGGCCGCACCAGAGUCGGAGUGGCGGAUGCCCAAGAAGGGUGAUGACGUGAAGGUUCACUAUGUGGGCACCUUGCAAACUGAUGGGAGCAAGUUCGACUCUUCUAGAGAUCGGGGUCAGCCUUUUGAAUUCAACCUUGGAAGUGGACAAGUCAUUAGAGGCUGGGACCUGGGUGUGAAGACCAUGAAAAAAGGCGAAGUCGCAAAGUUCACCCUUGCUCCAGAUUUUGCAUACGGUGAGGAAGGCUCGCCACCAAAGAUCCCACCCAAGGCAACUUUAGUUUUUGAAGUGGAACUGCUUGGCUGGGUGUCCAAAGAUGACCUUUUUGGGGAUGAAGGUGCCAUCAAGACGCAGCUGAAGGAAGGCUCUGGCUGGAGGACACCCAACGAUGGCAAGGAGGUCCUCCUGAGCCUCAAAGCAAAGGCCCCUGAUGAUACAGUUGUGGAGGAGAAGUCGCAGAUCGAAUACGUGUUGUCCUCUGAUGCCCUUGGCGAGUUGGGCAAGGUUGUAGAUAAGGUUCUGCUGAACAUGAAGAAAGAUGAAGAGGUGGCGGUGAAGUGCACCAAGGACUAUUUCCUUGGAGACAAAUACCCAGAGGGUGGCACAGUUGAGGUCACGUUGCAUGAAAUGUACGACGUGAAGGACGUUUCCUUCGCCAAAGACAAGCUACUUGCAGUGCACAAUAAAGUAUGUCCCUCCCGGGCAAGUCAACCUUUGCUCGGAACGGGUUCUUGGGCACCCGUCCACGAUGAAGAAGCAGAUAAAGGAAGGAGAAGCUAUGAGUCGCCGAAGGAUGGUUGCAAAGUGACCUUAAAGGUUGAAGUUGCAGGAGCAUCAAAGACGCUGGAGUUUACAGCCGGCAACGGUGAAGUCUGCGAUGCGCUGGAAGGAGCAGUCCUGGAGAUGAAGCAAGGAGAACGCGCUGUUCUGACCUGCACCAGGGCCAGCAGCUGCACGGAGCCGCAGCUGGGCCUCACUCCGGACGGAGAGACCAUCAUGACGCUGGAGUUGGUGGAGUUUGAGAAACAGAAGGACCAGUGGGAGAUGAGCGAAGAGGAGAAGGUCCAAAGAGGCCAAGAACGGAAAGACGUCGGUAGCAAUCUCUUUAAGCAGGGCCGCAUUGAGUUGGCUUUGGAAAGAUACAAGAAGGUCAUGGACCUUUUCAACUACAUUGACAACUUCAAGGAAGAAAAUAAAACCAAGGCCAAAGAGCUCAAGAAGCUCUGCGACUUGAACAAGGCUGCGUGUCAUUUGAAGUUGAAGCAGCACCAAGAUGCGAAGAGGUGCUGCAACAAUGUGCUCAAGGAAGAGGGUGAACACUUGAAGGCACUCUUCCGAAGAGCACAAGCAGCUUUCGGCCUUUACGAAUACUCUGACUGCAUGCGCGACAUCAAGCGCAUCUUGGAGCUGGAUCCAAGUAAUCGUGAAGCCAAAGCUCUUUACAAACAGGCCCAAAUUGGGCAGAAGGAGGAGGACAAGAAGGUGAAGGGCAUGUUUACAAAAAUGUGCAAAGGACUUUCUUCACCUGCGCCAGCCAAGGAAUCAAAGGAGACCGCACCGAAGGAGGACAUGGAUGAAUGA